CUUCUUUUACCAUCAAUACAAAAAUCACUAAAAUGAAGCUACUAUCUAUCAUCGCUCCUGCGUGUUUCGUGGGAAUGGCUGCAUCAGUUGACAUGUCCUUAUACUCAGCAGGAACUGGAGUUGAUGCAGCGUUUAAGCCCUUUCUGCAAGAGCUUUAUGCCUCUGCUGAGGACCCCGCUGCUACAUCAAGGUUCACCAAUUUCUUUACAGCGGAUGGGAAGCUCAUUGUUCUUGAAAACACUGCCACUGGGGCCGAGCAGAUUGUCGCAUUGAAGCAGGCGCUACUCCCGACAGCGGGCAACAAGCAUUGGGAUCAUUUGCCUAAUGUGACUACCGUUUCCUCAGAGACGGCUGCGCAGAAGACUUAUCAGGUGCUUGGUGUCAUUGAGACUACUUUUGAUGGUGGCAAUUGUUCUCUGGCAUACUACUCAAGUCGCUUCACUGUUACCAAGGGUUCCAACGGUUCACCGAACCUCACUCCCCACAGUGGGAGCCUCAUCGCAUAUGACGACUUCAUUGUGAGUCCGUCGAAGUCGCCGACCGACAUACCCUGUACAGCUUAGUGCACGCUUCAGAAGUCAGAAAUGAGUCACGAAUGUUCUGAAUGGAAACACCCUUUACGCUUGACUAUAAAUUAUUGGCUUGCUUUUGGAUCGAAGAAUGCAAUGUAGAUAUACAUACGUUAAUGGCAAACGUCGCCAUGGUAACUUCAUUUAACAAAUCCUAUGCUGUGU